CUCGCCACCGCCUCCCACACCAAUUCUUCAAACUCCCGCCACCCCCAACGGCCGCCUCCAUGGCCUCCUCCACCAUGCCCCCCGCCGCCUCCUCCUCCAUGUCCAUGUCCUCCGCCGCCUCCUCCUCGCGGCCCCCCGCCGACGCAGCGCUCGCGCCGAGCCUCGACUACGACACGGCCUUUCCGGCUCUCGGGAGUUCGCCACCGCGUCCUCCCAGGGGCGGGAGAGCUGCGCCGCCGCCGCGUCCUCCGGGGAGGAGCGAGGACCGUCGGAGAGGUGGGAAGACGCCCAGCUACACGCUCGACAGGGACACCGUCGGCAUGUCGCUUGGUUCGCUCCACGGGCGCGCGGACGAUACCGCAGCGGAGACGACUGCGGCCACGGCUGAGGCGGCGCCGGGGACGGCCUCUUCCGCGCCUGCCACGUCGACCUCGGCGGGGACGAUCUCCGCGCGUCCACCGACCUGCACCGCCCCGGGAAGCUUCGCCGCAGCGGCGGCGGUUCUCUCAGGGGCUCCCGCCCUGCUGCCUGCUGUGCAGGUGUUCGGCGACUACCGCUUCGGGUAUACGAUGGGCGACCUCUUCCAGGACCUCGGGUUGCUGCCUGACCUCCGGCAGCAUCUCCAGGUCGUCAACGAGCCGAGGCAUCCGCCGCCGCUCCAGUAUCAGGUCCAGCCGCCGCUCCGGUCCCAGCGGCUUCAGCCCCCCCGCUACUUCAACGCGCCUCCGCCCCAGUUCGUGCCGCCGAGCUUCGGGCAGCAGUUCCAGGUCUCAGCUCGCCCGCUACACCAACGGGAUGCAGUUCUCGGCGCCGCCCCAGUUCGCGUCGAGCCGUCCGGUGUUCAUACGGGUUCAGUUCGAGCAUCAGCAGGGGUCCUUCACGGGUUUCGUCAGGGUACAGGACAGGGGAGGCAGUACUUGGUGCAGCCCGGCCGUGGCGACUCCGGCAGCUGCGUGGUCAUCCUCCUCCGCACGGGGGCGCUGGACUGGGAGGUUCGCUGCGUCCGGUCGGCAGGCGAUGGCGACGACGACGCCAUGCCCUGCACGAGUGCUAACGCCAUCACGUCGGGCACCGCCGCUAAAGUCGGGGGGCCGAAGGCGGCGAGGGACGUGUUGUUGGCGCGUGGGAGGUUCGGGGGCGGGGUGGCGAUCCGACUCAGGGUGGCCACCAACAUUGGGGCCACGUACUGGUUCCUGGGGCUCAAGGACUGGGUCGGUGAGCUCAUGGGUUCACCGCCACGGUAUCGCCCCACGGAGUCGUGGAGCUGGCUAGAUAUUAUGGGAUGUCCAAUCCCCCAGGACAUAAAGGACACGUGCAGUCAGAGCGCCUGCCUGAUGUGCUUGGAGGCCCAGCACCGGCUGGCGUUCGAGAGGAGGCACGGCAGCGAUACGUUCCCGUAUUACAUCCCUGCUUCCACGGCCAAGGACUUGGUGACGAGAUGCAAGUCCGCCCGCGUCUGGAACCGCAAGGACGGCGCCACCAUUGACAACGUGCUGAAGCAAAUCCAGCGGGCCGGCGGGGCGGAGGCUUGGCCAGACCAGGACGGCUGGGGGCGGCGGUGCAACCUCCAGGUCAAGUCAUGGGAAACCUGGUCGUCCAAGCGGCUGCCCUCGGCCUCCAGCCUCGCGCGCAUGAUCCGCACUGAGGGGCCGCUCAUCGGCUGUUUGGUCGUCGGAGAGGAUUACUACGCCGAUGGCUGGGAGAAGCGAGUAUACAGGGGAGGCUCGGGAAAGAAGGCAGGGCCUCACGGCGUGGUCUGCACGGGAUACCGGUACGAGCAGGGCGAGGAGAAGAUACAGGUGGUGGAGAACCACUAUUGGGAUGGGCCUGCCCGGUGGAUUUCCAGGACGGCCUUCACGGACUUUACCCAGAUCAAGGUUGAGCCUCUGGACGCCUCCGCUCUCUUUAUCGGGAAGGAGGUGAGCUGGUGGCGCCGCCUUGAGCGCAGGCUUUGGAGGGAAGAGACGUGCUGGUGGCUCCGCCGCCAUUGUAUUAGCGAGCAAUGGAACAAGACCAUGGCUCUUGACAUGAAGCACUAGGUUUCACAUGUAGGACAGUGGGAAAAAGGACACUGCAGGUACAUGAGUGACUGCCAUUGAUUCCUUGCAUGCAAUGCAAGACCCUUCACUUUUUCUUUUCUUUUUGAAAUGUGCAACACCCUUCGCUUGAUUGGCACACUUAGGACUAGCUAGCUAGGCAGUUUAGAUUCUAAUCAAGCAAUAGUAUGAUGUAUUCAUGUGUACAAGUGAUCAUUUACAAUUUUAAUA